AUGGCAGCCGCGGCAGCCGUCUUUCAGCCCGUCCAACUCCCCAUCCCUGAAGACGUUACUUCUGCCCCCAAGCCAGCCCUUCUUGCAUCUUCGCCAUAUCUCGAUCAAGGUCACCUCCUCAAUCUCGACACUCUUGACCCUCAAAGUCGUCUACUUGCCCAUGCUCUUACCAAGCUCCACAGCCAGGGAACCGACUAUGCGACAGUCAAGUACGAAGACAGCUUGAACCUGGAUAACGUCUUGACCGAGCUGGAAAAGCUGGCUCAUACCGCGAACCUCCAAUGGGAAGAACAGGAUUUCUAUGUCGUCGAGUUUCGUUCCAAGCUCAAGCCUCAGAUCGACAAUCUCCUGCUUUUUGAGCUCGAUAAGGAGUCUCAUAGAGAGGCCAACAUCAGCGGUGGGCUGCUGAAGUACUGGUACGGUGAGCCUGAUGCUGAGCGUCGAAACCUCGCAACCUGCUUCUGGACCCACAAGGAGGCUGCCAUCGCGGGUGGAAGAGGUCCUCUGCAUAAGCAGGCUCGCGCCAUCAUACCACAGAUGUAUGAGUCAAUCAACAUCAAGGGCCUAAGGUUCACCGUCAAGGACAACGUUGCGGGCUGGACUCUCGAACCCUAUGCAUGA